GUGGAGGGGGUGUUGAUGCGCCUCACGGAGCCCUGUACCGUGUCGCUCCUGCAAUACGUCCGCCGCGACGCGCCUGCGGUGCUCUCAGGCUGCGCGCCCGAGGAGCUGAGAACGCUGAGGGACAUGGCGAAGGACGUCGCGUGCGACAUGUACUGCCUGUGGGAGAGGUGCGACGCGGGCAAGGCGGUCGAAUUCUUGGGCUUCCUGUCGCGGAGCCUGAUCCAGGCCAUCAGCGCACAGGACCCGGUGGCGUCGGAGGCGGCCCUGGUGCUUCUCGAGGGCGUCGUGGACGUGGUGGACAGCCCGUUGCCACCCCCUUUCGUCGAGGCCCUCAGGUGGAUCCCCAGGAUGCCCAGCGACGGCAACGCCAUGGCGGCGGGGGCCAUCCUCCUCCGCCAGGUCGCGCCGCACGUGAACGCGCACGUGGAGGUGCUCCCGGACUCGCUGGAGUUCCUCAUCCGCGCGCUGCCCGUCAUACCGUUCACCGCCGCGGAGUGCGUCCUGGAGCUCACGGGCUACGCGGGGCACCACCUGGCCUCCGCGCUGCCGAGGUUCUUGGCCGCGGUGGAGCAGAUCGCGCCCGGGUUCCCGGUGAAGGUGGACACGACGCUGUACAGCUCCGUCGUGUGCACCGUGCGGCGGCUGCCCACCGCGGAGGCAGCCGCGGCCUUCGGGGGCAUCCUGCGGUCCACUUCGGCGCAGCUGGCCAGCCUCGCGGCGCAGGUGCAGGAGCAACCGGGCCGCCCCCCGGCGCUCCCGGAGGCCGCGCGGCCGCAGGCGCUGAGGCUGCUCUCCAGGCUGCGGGGGUGCAUCUGGACCCUGGAGCAGACGCCCGAGGACCCGGACGGGCCCCCGCCGGCGGGGGACGCCGGCAGAAGCGGCGUGGCCGUUGCCGUGCUGGGCGCGCUGGGGCCCGCGUGGGAGUCUCUGGCGCGCGUCGUGGAGGUCGUGCUCGCGGGCGCGACGGCCGACGUCGCCAAGGAGGUGUCGGCGCACGCGCUGAGCAGGACGGAGCCCUCGGAGCGCAGCUUCAGCGAGGCGGCCCUGGUGGCGGCUGCCCUGAAGAUACUCCUCGGCAGCUGCGUGGCCGCGGCAGUGGCGGCUUCGGGCGAUGCCGCGACGCGGCUCGCGGGGCUGCUGCUGCGACUGCUGGCGACUAUCGUCCAGGGCGGGCCCGCGCACCACCUGGCGCUUUCGCCGCUGGCGGCGCUGCUCCCGGCGGCAACGAGGCUUGGGCUGCAGAACGAGUUUGGCGCGACCUUCCAGGCGGUCUGCGAGCUCACCGUCGGGCGGCUCGGCGCCGGCGGCGGCCCCGCGCAGCUGGGGGAGCUCGCCCCGUUCUUCGAGCUGCUGCUCGCCGGCGCCGCGAGCCUGGAGCAGGCGCUCUACCAGGCGCCGUGCUUCCGGCAGCUGGAAGAGCUGGCGGUCGCGGCCCUGAGCUCCGGGAACCGCGACCUCAACAGGGCCCUGUUGCAG